AUGUUUUUAACCUUAUUUGCAAUACUUUUGGUAAACGCAGAUCCCUUUUUAAAGGUAGGAGAUAAGGAACCCAGAGAGACUCACCAAAAUUGUAAAAAAUUUACAAGAAUACUUGAUAAAGAUGGAAAUCCCACUAACACAAUCAAUUGUAUUGAGUGUGAGAAUAGUUAUUUCAAACUUGAAGAUGGAAAAUGUGUUUAUGAUUCAACAAAUUGUAAUGUUACUGAUCCCUAUGUGUAUUUGAGUAGCAAUGAAUGCAAAUUUUGUGAUUAUGGGUGCAACAGUUGUGAUAAAUCAGGUACUUGUACUUGUUCUUUUAACAGUGAUGUUGACACAUGCAAGCAAUGUGUGAGUACCUUUGAUUCGGGAAGUGGAACAAAAACAAAGAAAUGCAAGUAUUGUGGACAAGGACUUGCAACAAAUGUAAAUAUGGAUGCAUGCGAAGCUGCUCCAAAUGGAAAUGAAGUUUUUGAUAAAACAAAUUGUGCUCUUUCUGGAAUAAAAGAAGGCAAACAAGUUUGUUUGAAAUGCUUUGGUAACAAGACAAUAGAUAGUGAUAAACUCCAUUGUCAAUACGAACUAAAGGUGAUUGAAGGAUGUAUUAGACAGAAUGGCGACAACUGUUUGAAGUGUGAUGUUGGGUAUUAUCUAUCAUCUAAAACAUGUGUUAAAAAAGACGAAAACUGUAAUAUACUCAAAGAAACGUCUAAUGAUGUAAUUUGCACUUCUUGUAGAGAAGGUUAUUAUUUUAAUGAUAAAGGAAAAUGUACAAUGUGUGAAGUGAGCGGAGAAGAAAAUAAACAAUACGAUAGUUUGUGCGAAUUGUACGAUGCCAAUAAAUGUAUCCAAUGUAGCAUGCGAUGUAAAGUAGUGGGAAGUAAAUGUGUUUCUAAUCACUGUGUUGAAUUUAAAUCUGAUGGAAAAUGUGGGAUUUGCGAAGAUGGAUAUUUUGCACUUAAUGGCGAAUGUAAUCUAUUUGCAAAUGGUGGGUUAGAGAUGUCUUCUGGAAGCCCAACUUGCAAGGCUGGAUAUUAUCUUGAUUAUAAUAUAGAAACAAAAGUUUAUUCGUGCAAAAAAUGCAAAGGACAUUUUAUGGAUUGUUUAACUGAGGACACACCAAUGCCUGGAAGUUCUUUGUAUGAUAACUGGAAGUCUACCAAAGCAGAACCAUGUGAAGAUGAAAAUUGCGCCCAAUGUGCUGAUGAUGGUGUAACUUGUUACAAAUGCGCUUUUAACAAUGGAAGCCCAAGUGGUGUUUUAUUAAACGGAAAAUGCAUUUUAACUCCAACCGACAAUAUUUUAGAAAUUGUUGGUACUUAUGACACAACUUAUAAAUUCUGUAAGUACAAAGGAGUCAAUUCUUUCUUUGAAGAGUUGGUACCUGCAUAUAAUGAAACUACCAACCCUGGAAGUAAAUGCAAUCCGAUACUGAGAAGAAGUUACAUGUACAAAACACAAACCACUGGUAAAACUGAAAUAGAGUGCGCGAAAAGCAAUAGAGACGUGACCAAAAAUUGUAUGUGUAAAAAUGGAUAUUAUCAAACAAAUGCCUCAACGUUUACAGAUUGUACAAAAAUGUCUAACCUUGAAGGAUGUAUUGAAAGUGCAAAUGGUAAACAUUGCACACUCUGUGCAACUGGAGCAAAAUACACAUCAGAAGGAAAAUGUGUCUGUCCAAAGGGAACUUAUUUGAAAGAUGACAAAUGUGAAAGGUGCCCAGAGAAAUGCGCAACUUGUGUCUUGGAAACUGGUAAAACUGAAGUGACUUGUAAGACAUGUCAACCAGAACCUUAUGAAGGACAAGGAAGAGAUCCAGCAAAUAAAUGUGAAUGUAAAACAAACUUUGUAACUGAAGCUAAUAAGAUAGAUGUCUGUGUCGAGAAAAUUGAAGGAUGUUCAACAGAAAAUAAAUACAUUGUUCAAAACAAACAAAUCAAUUGUUUGGAAUGUGAUAAAGAACAUAUGGCAAUUGGAUACGGACUAACACAGUGUUCGCAAUGUGUUGAUGGAUAUUAUUUGGACGAAGCAAAAGAUUGUAAAGUGUGCGACCAUGGAAUUGGGUGUUUAACAUGUGAUAAAACUGCUUGCACUCAAUGUAAAGAUGGCAAUGCUAUUUUAGGACCCACUUCAAACCCAACGAAAUAUUGUACUACCUGCAAAGAAGGGUACACAUUUAAUUCAACUGAUGGAACAUGUGCAAGAUGUCCAAGUGUUUGCAAUGGUUGUGAAAUUAAAGAUGAAAAAAUAGAAUGUCUGGGUUGUAAGAAUGGCAAACAGAUACCAAACUGUGAAUGUGAAAAUGGUGUCUACCUUGAUCCAAAUACCAAUACAUGUGUUGCUUGCCCCAAUGAUCGAAAGGUUUGCAAAGGCAAUUGUGACUAUGGAAACGGCAUUUACGUCCAUUGUACCGAGUGUGUUGAUGUCUUGAGAGAACCAACAACAAAUUGUACCACAUGCAAAGACACUAACAGGUUUUUAGACUCCAAUGGCAAUUGUGAACAAUGCGCUGAAAAUUGCAAUGUUUGUACUGAUAAAGAGCAUUGCACUGUUUGUGAUCCAGCGACUUUUAGAACUGGUUUUACAUGUGAAAAGUGUGUCAAAGGGUAUUACUUGGACACUGAUAAAUGUAAACAAUGUGACAGUAAAUGUGAGAAUUGUACAAGUGCAACGGACUGUGAAAAAUGCAUUGAUGUAAACCGCAAGCCGGUUCCAGGGAAGAUGUGCGAAGGAUGUAAUGAUGGGUAUUAUCUAAGUGGAGAAAGCUGUUUGACGUGUUCGAAGAAUUGCAAAGUAUGUGAAGACCAAACGAAGUGCGUUAAAUGUGCUGUUGAAAAUUUCUUUAAGGAAACUCCUGUUGAUGGAACAUGUGUGUGCAUUGAAGGAUAUGUUUACGACACAAAAACUCAGACUUGCGAUCCAUGUAAAGACAAAUUGAAUGAAUUCUGUUCUUCGUGUAGUACAGAAAAAUGCUCUGUGUGUAAUGCAGAGUAUUUUGAACCUAAAGGAGGCGAAUGUGUAUGCAAAGAAGGUUAUUACACGACAUCAUGGGGAGCUUGUGUGCCUUGUGACAGACAUAUCAGUGGAUGCGUACUUUGUGAUGGAAAAGACUCAUGCAGUAAAUGCAAAGAUGGGUAUACACUUAAUAAAACUUCGGGAAAGUGUAAUGGAGCAAUUAAAAUGGUAAUUAUUAUGGUGACUAUUGCUCUUGCACUUUUGUUCUAA